CGCUGCUGUUCAAAGCACCGUCUUCGCCACUCGGUUUAGCCGACACCGUCUCCUUACUUCCUUCCUUCCUUCUUGUUCUUCCGCUCCUCCCGUCGUCUUCUCGCCAGGUCAGGCGAUUCGGUGCUUCCGCUCCGCUUCCCUCCUUCUAGCCUUCGAUUCCACCGCUGGCGGUCGUAUUUCGUUCAGAUUCUCUGCGGAAGUUGAGUUCCGGGACGUCAGAUCUGCUGAUCUAGGGUUUUCCGGCGUCAAGAUUACGGAUCUUAGUUCUGUGCUGAGUCGGUUUUGCAGACGAGCUAUGGGAUUCCUUUUGUGUCGAUUUAAAUGAUCAGGAGAGAAGCGAGAAACGUUAGCGCUUAGGAGAGGAGUAAAGCUCCUUUUUUUUUGUGGGAGACGACUGGAUCUUGCUUGCGCUCCUUUUGGGGCUCAGGCGUGGGUGGGUGAUCUAGGACUUCUGAGAUGAAGGCUGGGCCUCCCCGUGGUAGCGCUCAACCGUUGUCUAACGGCGCGUUCGUCGUCGUCGAUACGGUUGAUACGAUCGCCACAUCCUCAUUCGUGUCGUCUUCGCCUGAUUCCUCUUCUAAAGUUAACUAUAUCGAGCAUUGCGUAUCAAGAAUGGAUACUCUUGCUGGUCUAGCCAUAAUGUAUGGCGUCGAGAUAUCAGACAUAAAGAGAUUAAAUGGGUUGAUGACAGAUAUAGAGAUGUUUGCUCAUAAGACAUUGCAGAUUCCUCUGCCUGGAAGGCAUCCCCCAGCACCUUGUCUCUCAAAUGCUUCGGUUGCUAAUGGAACAACAACCAGAGUACAAACACCACCUCGUCACCCUAGUAAUGAUGUGUUGGAUUUAUUCUAUUCGAUCCAGCACAAAACUCCAAGUGCAGUCUCCCCAGCAAUGAGCAGCUUACAGGCAUACUAUGGUCUCGCCACUCCACCUAAGAAGAGUCCAGUUGUUGAAGGCAGAGAUCUGGCAGCAUAUAGAAGAAACUGCUUGGCUGAUGACUUGGUGCUGACUAAGCCUCCUCUUUCAGACCCAAUUCCAAGUAGGCACCGGAAGACUAGAAGUUUGGUUAAUGAAAUUCCAAUGGAAGUAGGUGAAACUACUGGCAGUAAAGCUGUUAUAGAAGCUACAGAAAACAAUGAGAUUGAGAAAUCUAUCCGGAGGCGUCAAAAGAAUGAUUCAAUCCCAUCAUUGUGCUCUCCUGACUUAUUGUUGGAGGACAACAGUAGUGGGUUCCAAGGAAGGAAAGGAAAAAGUCUGGCAAUGAGACCAAAAUUGGGUAGCCGCACUGAUACUGACAUGAGCCACUCGAAUGCUGUUCCUGAUGGAGAAUCCUCCAUCGUUAACGGAUUAAUUUCAGUUAGGAAAUCAUCUAGCACAUCGGACUUGCAGAACUCAGAGAGUAGCUCUUUUGUAUGGCCAACUAGCAAAUGGACUUUGAAACCAGAAGUCCUUGCGUGGCCACUGUUUGAUGCCUUGCCAAAGCCUACAACUGCAAAGAAGAACAAAGCUGCUCUUGAUUAGUGGCUUAUUUCAAGUGAUACAUCAUUCGUCUAUACACCUGUUUUUCUAGCGACAUUCUUGCAGUUAGUUGGAUCAGAUCUUUCCUGCUGCCAUGAGAGUUAACCAUGACCUUUUUUUCUUGCGAAUGUUCAGUAUCAAAGCUUCAGAAUAUUGGGAGUUGUGUUUUUUGUGCAAAACAUUAAUUUCUAGAGUAUUGGCAGAUUUAUUCUUUUGUAUGUACAAAUGUACUCAAAGGAGGGAAAUGUCAACUGUUACAGGACAGAUUUAAUUUGCUAAGAAAAUAUAUGAUAUACCUUUAGAAACUUUAA